AAAGUUAACAGUACUUCGACAACUCGCCGACUCACCAUCCCUCCCCCCCCCCCCUUUUUUUUCUUGUCUUAAAAAACUCCCUUCUGUUCAACAACCUACUGAAACGCCAUGGCUCCCUUCGGCAAGGUCUAUUCAUACCCCAACAACUUUCGGGUGCUACGUAUGCAAGUCAUCGCUGCCCUGAACGGCCUGGAGCUCGAGUUUCCCGAGUUUCAAAUGGGUGUUACAAACAAGAGCCCCGAGUUCCUCGCCAAAUUCCCCCUGGGCAAGGUCCCCACCUUCGAGGGAGCCGAUGGCUUCCUCCUCGUUGAGAAUGCCGCCAUCGCGGAGUACCUCGCCGCCUCGGGCCCCAAGGCCGCCCAGCUUCUCGGCGAGAACGCCCAGACCAGAGCCAAGAUCACCGAGUGGACGGUGUUCACCGAGUCUGAGCUCGUCGCCAACGCCAACCCGUGGCUUUUUGUCUUACUCAAGUUCGCGCCGUACGACGAGGCCCAGCAUGGCAAAUCGGCGGCUGCAUUUGAGCGCGCCCUGGGCAAAGUGGAGACUGCGGUCAAGGGUGGCAAGAAGUUCCUGGUCGGGGAUCAGCUGACCCUUGCGGACCUCAUGGUCUCGGCAGCCCUGUUCUUCUCGUCUGGAUUUCUGCUGGACGCCGAGAUGAGGAAGAAUGCGCCCGCCACGGUCGAGUACCUGAAAGGCAUCGCAUCGACUCCUGAGUUUGCAAAGGCCUUUGGUAAGUUCAAGCCUUGCGAAGUCAGGUACAAGGGGGAGUAAAAUGGUGCUGGUGCCACCCCAUGGGACCAGGGCAAGGGAAGAAAGGAAAAAACAAAAGUUUGUCGGAGAAGCAGGCCCUCUCUCUCAUGUUAUAUUGUCUCCUUGUGGCUACCUUAGAACUCAUGAAGCAAAAAUUCAACACGUAUGCCA